AGAGAUAAUCAUUUGAGAAAUUUGGCGCGUCUUCCUCUCUCCCGCCGCGGCCGUCCGCAAUCCCCACUAUUUCCGCCACCAGGAUCCACUGCACCAGACUGAAAGAUCACACAUAGACACGCAACAAAGUUGCAGAAAUCGUGUACGAUGAAAAUGCUUUCCCGUAAACGCCCUUCCAAAUCCAAUAACGCCUUCGUUCCCCCCUUCGCUCAACCCAACAAACUCCCCAAACCCGCCACCGUCACUUGCCACCACCAAACCCAGAACGACACCAGUUCAUCAGCUACACCAAGAGAAGCUGAAUCCGUAAGCCCAUUAGACAAAAUGCUAUCGGUGCUAGCAGACGCCGGGUGCACACUGAUCAAUCCCUCGGGGCCACCGUGCAUCCCCUCCGAUCUCCACAAGCUCCGAAAUCACCUGAACGGAUUGUUUUCUAGAGAUUCUUCCCUCCGCGAAGAAUUUCUCAGAGGAUUCGCUUCUUAUAUUGCUUCCCCCAAUAAUUUCCGCCGGGUCUUGCUACCUUCCUCUCGUGAAGGUUUGGGCUCAGUAAGAAGCGAGAGCCUGGUUCGAGUCCUUUUACUGGUUCACUCCGUCCAGCUAGACCUUCUAUACAUGUUGCUUGAGAAACUUCCAGAGUACUUUGACUUGUACCCUAGAGAUGGUGUUUGUGAGCCUUCGUCAUCAUGUCUGAAUGAGGAUGUAGCAAGGCUGAUAUUGAACCAAUUCCAAUGGCUUGACUUCCUGGUAGAUUCUGAGGCAUUUGCUGAAAAACUAUUGCAAGCCUUAUCGAUUUGUCCCCUUCCUUUGAAGAAAGAGAUUAUAGGGUCACUGCCCGAGAUCAUUGGUGACCAGAACAAUAAGACCGUGAUCAGUUCACUUCAGCAGAUGCUCCAAGAGGACUCUUCUAUAAUAGUUAAUGUGCUUGAUUCAUUCUCCAACCUCAACUUGGACAAUCUUUUGCAAGACCAGGUGAUUACAAUAGCGUUAUCUUGCAUUCGAACAACUGAUGUGGAGCACAUGCCAUACUUACUGAGAUUCUUGCUGCUUUCUGUGGAACCGUCAAAUUCUAGGCGAAUAAUUUCACAGAUAAGGGAACAGCUAAAAUUUGUUGGAGCAUGUCAUCGGCGAACAACUCAACAUGCUAAACUGAAAGGAAAAUCUGUUGUAAAUAAUACGGAAGCUUCAAUUCUAGAUGCUCUGAGAUCUAGUCUUCGAUUUAAAAAUAUCCUGUGUCAGGAGAUAAUUAAAGAACUGACAAGCCUUGAGGAAGCUCAGGAUCACAAGGUUAUUGAUUUGUGGUUGCUUACACUUGUGUACAUGAACAACGAAUCUUUGCAAAAGAAUGUUGAAAAGUUAUUGAAGAAGAAAAUAGUUGAAGGUUGUAUACAAGAAGAUAUGUUUGAGCAAUACAUCAACGGUAUUAAGGACUUGUCAAAUGAUUAUCUUCCCACGUUCCUAUCAAUAUCUGCAUACCUAUUGGCUUGUAAAGAGCAACGAGCACAGGAAUUCGGCAUUCACAUGUAUAUGUGUCUAUUUGAAGGGUUUGUUGAUGCUUACUCAAGACAGGAAGUUGUAGGAGCAUUAAUAGCUCAUCUCGGUUCUGGAAUCAAUUGUGAAGUGAGUGCUGCUUUGGAGACCAUGGUUAAGCUGGCCUCCAAGAAUUCGAAGGAUUUGAUUCCAUUCCAUUCUCAUAUAAAUGGUAUCUUGGAUUACUUGGAGGGCUUUAAUUUUGAAAGCCUUCACAAGGUGUAUGAAGUUUUCACCCUCCUUGCACUUUCAACUCGAUCUAGCUCCCAGCCUCAUGAGUGUUCUAUUGCAAAUGAACUUCUAAUGAUUUUGAGAAAACAGAUAAAUAAUCCUGAUCCGAUGUAUAAGAAGAUGGGCCUAAUUGGAACUCUUAAGAUAGUUUCCUAUCUUGCAGAUGCCAAUAACACUUCCCUUCCAUCUUUAUCACAGAAGUCAAAUUCUGAAGAAGCUAUGGAGCUCUUGAAAUUAUCUUUGGACUCUAGCAAACAGUUGCCUUUAUCACUGAUCCUGUUUUAUGAAGAACUGGUUUCUACACUGAAAAGCAGAAGUCUUCAUCCAAAUAUAAUGGAAUGGGUCAGCAAACAUGUAGGAGAUUUCGAAUCAAUAUAUUUAUUUGAUCUUGAUGCUGGAUGUUUACCUGUUCAAGACCUCUAUGGUGGUUUAGAGGGUGAACUAUGGAUGAACCUUGAUGGGAAUAUGUCACCUAUAUGCUUAAACAUUUUGCCACUUGUCUUCACUUCUUUUAGAUCCGCUUCACCAUUACAAGUUCUUCCAGCAAACUUUGUUCUACUUUCUGUAGUCGAGAGAUUGGCCAAUCAAGGAUCUCUUGGCGGAAUUGAUGCACUUCUUGGUUGUCCUUUGCAUCUUCCUUCCUCUAAGCUGUUCUUGGGUCCUUCCUGGCAGUUUUUGACAGGAAAGCAGAAACAGGUUGCCAUUUUUUCACUCUAUUAUGCUGCUAACUGGAUGAGGGAAUUAAUCAAUACCUUCUCCACUCAAAUUGUUGAGGGAUGUGGCUAUACAAGCCAGGCAACAAAAGAAGAGAUAAUCAUCAAGCUAUUAAAGCGCUUGAGGAACCUUGUAUUUAUUGAGAGUCUAUUGAACAAUAUCCUCGAAAAACACACUGUAGUGCUACCGGAGCUCUACCCUCAUCUGGAAUGCUCACUAGUUAAUGAAAAUAAUUAUUUAUGUGAUUUGGAAAAGACAAGUCAGCGUCGUAAGGGGAGUGAACCAGUUUCCCAAAACAAAAAGAAAAACAAAAAGAAGGCCUCAGCUCAUUCUGCAAAUUCAGAUACUGUGGAAAAAUUCAAGCAACCAAAAAUUGUUGAUAUCUGGAGGAAAGCGGGUGCUAUUCCAAGCCAAGAAAAUCUCAAUAAGGAUAUGUCUGCCACGUCCUCGAAGGACAGACAAUCUGACUCUGCAGAAAGUGAAAAUAGCAACUUGAAUAUUGCACAAAACAUAGAAGUUUCUGCUCCUGCCAAGUUUUUAGAGGCCCAAAGAUACAAAUUCAGGCCACUUUCAGUUGAUUGCUUCUCCAUAUUGACAUUUUCAGAGGAUAAUCAAGGUUCUUGUUGUGCAGAUUCUGCUGCGGAGUUACCCCUUCAUCUGUAUCUUCUGCGUGAUCUUCACAAAAAGCUGGGGUUCUCAACUCCUCCGAGGAAACAAAAUAUAGAACGUUCAGAUGUUCCAGGUGGAUUCAUAGGAAUGGAAGUACCUGAAUUCUUAAGCAAGAUUCGGCCUCUGUUUCCAUCUCUUAGAAGGCAUCUUGAUCGUGCAGUACACAUUCUUACUAAAGGUCCAGAAACUUGUCAAGAUCACUGGAAAACUCAGUCUAACCUGGCUGCGAUUCCAGAAAUGACCCACAUUGUCAUUUCUACAUCACCAGCUUUAGCUUCAAUUUCAGUUUUCAAAGAGAUACUUCGAAGCUUUGGCAAGAUGCUAAAUCUGCCAGAUAUUCAAAAGGAAAAAUCAAUCCUCUCAGAUCUUCUUUUGGCUUUCCAGCCAAAGGAAAUACCGAAUUGUUUUUUAAAUGGAAUGCACCCAAUACCUUCACCAGGAAAUAUAGACUAUCUGUAUUCUGGUGCUUAUGCUUUCCUACAAGGGGUCUUUGAUGUCGCAAUUACCUUCUCAUUUAUACUGGCGUCAGAAGUGGUGCUGACAUUAGAGUCGAUGGUUACAUCCAUCCGAAGGUUUCUUGAAUCUCUAAAUGGGAAUGGAAAGAAUCACACAGGAGCUAUUAAGGAACUUCUUCCUUUUUUGAGAAACAAACUGGGGACUUGUGCUCAGAAACUCUUGAUGCAUAAAUGUGAUAGAGAUGAUAUUGACGAUAAUUUGAAAGCUAAAGGGGAAAUGGUCCAGAGGGUGCUUCGCAUUUACUUAGAAAAUUUCCAGUCGACUUCUGAUUUGAUAAAUGAGCUUGUUAGCUCUGUUUUAUCUGAGGUAUCAUCAGACAGAAAUGCAGUAGAGGAUGAUAAUCAUAUUUUUCCUACCCUAUGUCCUGCGACAUUGGUCAUCUGGUACCGCGUGAUGCAUGAAGAGAACCUCGCUACACUUAACAAUUUGGUUAAGGAAAUUGCUGUUCUAAAGAAACCAAGAGCUGAAAUUGAAGUGGAAAAUGUUGAAAGACUCCUUAACAAAUUACAGCAGUCUGUAAAUGUGGUGGUGUCUCUAGUUAGCAUGUGCAGGACCAAUGAAAAGGUGACCGUGCAUGCAAUGGCAGUCAAGUAUGGCGGAAAGUUCAUUGAUUCCUUUCUCAAAGUUUUUUAUUUCCUACAGGCCCAGUUUCAAACACACAGGGAACCCAUAAUCCAACUGGUUAAAGAGCUUCAAAAAGCAACAAGAACUAUACAGACGCUAUGUUCUGAAGCAAAGGGCUCAAAACAAACGGCUAUCACGAGUAAAAUCCCUGCGACAAAGAGGUCUAUGGAACGGUUUUUAUUUCAUGUCAAGGCUCUUCUUUACUCAACUUCAAGUGGAUGUACUUUCUGGAUAGGAAAUCUAAAGCACAAAGACCUGAUGGGUCAUGUGGUUAGCUCUCAAGCAUAUGUGGACGAACAUAUAGCUAAUGCAGAUGAAAAUCCUGCAGAAACUACCGCCAAGGAUCAACCAACUAAUAUAGCUAGCCAAUGAUGAUAAAAUUAGUCUAUUAGAAAAUGUGCUUCACAUUUGUUGAAAGCAUUUCUUACAUGCUGUCGAGUACAGGGCUUUUUUCUAUGUGGAAGCAAAACAGCAAGCUUACGCAGCAACUUUUUUAUGUUCAUGGAAUUGAAUGGUAGUUGACAAUGUGUUGUAGCUGAUGUCAAAUUCUUAAGGAAAUUUCAGACAUCGAUCUAAUUAAGAUCUCGUAGUUGAAUUGUGGCAAGCAGAAGGUUGAACGUAAAUCUGCUUUGGCUUUUCAAGGAAAUGAAGAUCUCUUUGCCAGCUUGUCUUCUAUAUAGUCCUUGUGAAUGUGAGAGACCAUAGAUGCAUCAAUUAAUUUGCAAGUACAAACUUUAAAAAAAAAAAACAGAAUUGGUAUAGGAAGACAGUUGUUUUGAACAAAAUUCGUAGACAAAAUCUGUACUUAAAACAUUGCUCUAGAUGCAUACAGGCUCUCUAAGUUAAUCCUGGAGUAAUAUGUAUAGAUAGUGUGUAGUGCAUUUGUAUAGAACUAGCUCUCUUUCCUUUU